AUGGCUCUCCAACCGGACGCCAAAAGUAACAUCGACCGCGCCACGACUGCUCCAUUCCUCCUCCGCCUGUUCUGGCGUCAGAACCGUCUGCUCGAUCCAUGGGAGUUCUCAGUUGCACCCCCAGCAGACACGACCGGCAUAAGCGAUUAUAGCUCCCUCCUACCCAGCAACAUCCGACAACAAAGCGUGCAGAUCUACACAUGGCCAAACUGCACACUCGGUGAACUCACAGCACUCUUCACCUCAGUCCUUCCCGAAGGCGUGAUACCCACACCGGCAGUGGGAACGCGGCUAGUCUUCAAGCUUAUCUUCCCGGACACCAGAGCAACGAUUGUGGAAGGCAACAGAGGGAAGUGGAUCGAUAAGCCGCUGGGGUCUGUCGUGAUAGGAGGCAACAAUGCCGAGCUGCAAGAUGGCGGUGAUGCAGAAGAGGAGCUACAGCUGGAAGGAGACUCGCACAAGACUUUGGCGGAAGCGAGAUUCGUGAUCGGAGAUUACGUCGCAUGCUCGAUAUACCCACCCGGAAGUGACGGAAGAGUUGCACCUUUGCCACCUCCGAGCUCGAGAGGACCACCUAGAGAUUUCGGAGGACCACGAGGACCUCCUCUACCACGCGACAAUGGCUACGGAAAUGGUUAUGGACGAGGUGGAGGUGGUGGUUACAGAGGGGCAGGAUACGGCGGAGGGAGAGGAGGAGGUGGUGGCUUUGGUGCUGCACCACCGCCAGGAGACUGGAGAAGAGGUGAGAGGCCACCUGGCGGUGGCGGUGGCGGCUACGCGCCAAGCAGAGGCGGAUAUGGUGGAGGUGGUAGUUAUGGAGGCAGAGGCGGACGACCUUACUAG